AGAGGAUGGGUGGAUUAAUUUCAAGAUGGAGGCAGGCAAAGCCUUCUACUGUAGAAGUAUUAGAAAAAAUUGAUAAGGAAAUACAGACAUUGGAAGAAUUUAGAGAGAAAAAUCAGAGGCUACAGAAACUAUGGGUUGGAAGGCUGCUUCUCUACUCUUCACUUCUUUACCUUAUCACCUGCUUAAUUGUAUAUUUGUGGUGUCUUCCUGAUGAAUGGACAUCAAGGUUGCGUAUGACACUUCCAAUUAUUGCAUUUCCAUUGAUAAUCUGGUUUGUGAGAACACUGCUCAUUUUUUUCUUUUCCAAAAGGACAGAAAGGAAUAAUGAUGCGCUGGAAGAUUUAAAAUCUCAAAAGAAAAAAAUACUCGAGGAAGUAAUGGAGAAGGAAACAUACAAGACUGCUAAAUUAAUUCUUGAAAGGUUUGAUCCAGAAUCAAGAGCAAAGGAGGCUGAACUGCCAUCUGCUGGAACAUCUGCAACCUCAAGACCUGGACAAGAAAUUCGUCAGAGGACCACUGGUCAAAGAAAUGCUUCUACCCCUCUGCCUGCAACUCCUAAACAAGGCUCUCCAAAAUCACUGGUUCCAGCAUCUCCCAAUCCACAGAGAGAGACAUCAGCUGUGAGCGGAACCCCAGAAAGAACUGUUGUGCCAUCCUUGCAGUCAAAUGUUUUACCAAGGCGCCCUGGAUCUCCUGCUACUCCAGUGCCUGGAAUGGGUCUUCAUCCUCCAGGCCCUCCUUUGGCAAGACCUAUUCUUCCUCGAGAAAGAGGAGUUGUGGAUAGAGUUAUUGAAUAUUUGGUUGGUGAUGGUCCUCAGAACAGGUAUGCCCUUAUAUGUCAGCAAUGUUUUUCUCACAAUGGUAUGGCUUUGAAGGAGGAGUUUGAGUACAUAGCGUUUAGGUGUGCCUAUUGCUUUUUCCUGAAUCCUGCAAGAAAAACUAGACCUCAGGCUCCACGACUUCCAGACUUCAGUUUUGAAAGAAAGCAAUCCACAGAAUUGCAAUUGGAAACUGAGCCUCUAGAACCUAGAGACAGAAAACCCCAGGAGACUCAACAGACAGAAGAACCUGAAGAAGACACAGCCCAGAUCAUUGAGGCAAAUGAGACAGAUAAAGCGCCAAGUCCUGAGCAGCUAAAUGAUAAACUAGCUGAAGAAGUUGAAAAAGAAGCAGAAAACAUUUCAACAACUGAAGACUCUCUUUCGGAGUCUGUUUCAGCUGGACAAAGUGAAGAAUCUUUAAUGAAAACAGAAUAAAGUACUUCAAGUGCCUUCUGUAGCUAGUUUUUAGCUUUGUUCAUGCCUGUUGUUACUAUUCAGGUGAGCUUUUUUAAUGGUACAACCUAAAAAUCUUGCUUGAGCUUAAACUGCCUCAACUGCCACAGUAUGUCAAAGCUAUGUGUAAAAGUGUGGGUAUUGUAAAUGAAGCAUGUGUCUUUAAGUUAGCACAUAGAAUGUGUAGUAGGUUGAAGUUGUAGCCAUCAUUCAGUUUGCAUAAUAAAAACCCAGUAAGCUUUGGUAAGGGUGAUGCAUAUUUUGACAUCUUUAGCUGUCACACAUAAUGAACAAUUACUGGCAGCAGCCGACCUAGUAAGUUUGGUCUAGUGAACUUAAGAUACUUUCUAAUGCUUCCCUGUUAAAAUGAACUAAGUACAUUUUUAAAUACACAGAAGUUUACAAGCUGAAGUGUCAUCUGAAAUUUGACUUAAGCUUAUGGAAGCGUCAUUACAGUGGUGUUAAUAUUAUUCACUUGUCUAACUUUUUGACAGAAUUGAGUUAAAUUGCACUCAGAUAAAUGGCAUCUCCUUUGGUAUUUGCAUUGCAGAUGAACCAGAGGCACAUACAUACUCUUUUGUGUUUACAUAAAAUAUAGAAAGUCUUUGCACUUGAUUGUACUUGAAUACAAAGCACUAUUUAUACCUGUACAAUAAUGACAAGAUAUAAGUGAAUUUUGUGCCUUUGUGUAUUUUGUUAAAGGAAAAUAAAGAG